GGAUCGCACCAGGAGAUGGCGGCAGCGGUGGCCGUGAGCGGGGCCAAGCGGAGCCUGCGGGCCGAGCUGAAGCAGCGUCUGCGGGCGCUGAGCGCUGAGGAGCGGCUGCGCCAGUCCCACCUCUUGGCCCAGAAGGUGUUUACCCAUAGUGAAUAUCAAAAGUCCAAAAGGGUGUCCAUCUUUCUGAGCAUGCCAGAUGAAAUUGAGACAGAGGAGAUCAUCAAGGACAUUUUCCGACAAGGCAAAACCUGCUUCAUCCCGCGGUACCAGUUGCAGAGCAAUCACAUGGAUAUGGUGAAGUUAGCAUCGCCAGAGGAGAUUGCUUCUCUGCCCAGAACUUCCUGGAACAUUCAGCAGCCCGGGGAGGAUGCGAUUCUGGAGGAGGCCUUGUCAACAGGGGGACUUGACCUCAUCUUCAUGCCUGGUCUCGGGUUCGACAAACAGAGCAACCGUUUGGGACGGGGCAAGGGCUACUAUGACGACUACCUGAAGCGCUGUCUGCAGUCCCAGGAUGUGAAACCCUACACUCUGGCCUUGGCUUUCAAAGAGCAGAUCUGCCUCCAGGUCCCGGUGGAUGAGAAUGAUGUGAAGGUAGAUGAAGUGCUUUACGAAGACUGCUGA